AUGGCUGGGUCCUGGCCACGCUGGAGCAGGGAUAUCACGGAUCCAGCGACCCAGCCGCUAAGAGGGACCGGAGACCAGCCAAGACGCAAGGAGGGCCGUUGGCUGGAUGUGAUGAGUGAUGGGAUGAGGGGAGCACGGGCAAUGGAAUCGGGACGGGAGAGAAAGAGGUACGGAUCGCGAUGGAAGAAGUCAAAUCCACAUGUAAAUGCCAAAAAGGAAGAAACAGGGAAGGGGGUGGGAUUAGCGUGCAGAGACGAUGCAGCCGACAGGGGAGCUAGCAUGGCAUCGGGCAUGGAUGGGGAGGGAGAGAGAGAGAGGAGAGAAGGGGUUGGCACUUCAUCACAGUGCAGCCAAGAUCCAUCUCUUCCCCCUUGA